AUGGCUUCAAAGAACUUGUCUGAUUCUACACCGCUGCCUCCCAUAACAUCUCGAGUAUCUACUGACCCUGAGGCUGACCUGAUAUCAAACCAUGACAGCGACAGUGAGACUGACCUACAACUACAGCGGGCUGGAAGCUCUGCAUCUGAAGCAUCAACAACAUCAGCAGCAUCUUCAGCUGUGCUUGAUCAGCCUGGAGAAGGGAAAACCCGUCCAGCUGUUGUUCGAGGAUUCAGACGAGAAUCUGACGUAACAGACAGAGCUAUGAGUCGUGACUCACCAGUCUCUGCCAAACGGGGAGUGACAUUUCCAUCAAAAAAUGGAAAAUCCAAGAAUCUCACAGCAAGGGAGACAACCAAGCGCAGAACAUAUGAUGGUCGUGAGAUUACAUUCAUUACUCAAGAUGUACAAACAGACUGGGAUUGGGUUCAGGAAGUGGAGAGGACUGGCAAAGGGAAGCAACUUACAGCAAAUGAUAAAUCUAGCAAACCGAAACCAAAGCCAAAAAAACAAAAACCAAAAAAAGUCAAACCUCUUGACACCGAAAUAUACCUACAACAACCCAAACCAGGCGUCAUCUCUCCGGGUGGUAAACAUGGAGCCAAGGAGGACUUGGGAGGUAGUUCUGACGAAGAAGGUCGUCGAGGUAAAACUGAUGGACCCGAGGGACAGAAGAAAGGAAAGGAUGGAGAGAGUGAUGGUAAGAAAGAUGACAAAGCGGGAGUUGGGUCAUCCUACCCAUUCGCUGUUGACGACGAGUUUGGAAUCCCGAUGUUAGAACUAAGCAGUGAUACAGACUCGAGUUCUGAUGAGGAUGCAUACAACAAGAAAACCACAGAUGAUCGAAAUUUUAUGCCAAGUAUUGGACCUCCACAGAUUUUACAGUACAUCCGUGAAUCGGAGAAGCAGGACAUAGAUGUGGAGGAUCCUAGAGCUCUGGAGCUGGUAUCGGAGGAAGAAGAGGAUUACCCAGUAGAUGAACAUGGCCGUUCCCUCGGCAUGCUCGGAGGAAAUUGUGAGUUCUGUGAAAAAGAAAUCAAGCGGUUCCCAUCUCUGGAACAGCAACAAAGUCAGCCCCCAGAGGAGCUGUAUUGUUGUAAUCAGUACCGUGAGUUUGUUGAGUUUGCAACCAGCCAGUCAGCUAUUAUGGAAGAGGAACACAAGAAAAAAAACAAGAUGAUAAGUGUGAAGUCUCAUCCUCGCCAUGGGGACAAACAAGCAAGACAAGCUGCUCGGGAGCGAGCUGAAAGGAGGAUCAGAGAACGUGAAAUGCAGCGCAGACAACAGGAAGUAUCGGGUAUGCAGCAGCAGGCUUUUAUGGCAGGAAAAUCUAAAGGCUUGGGCAGCCUCCCUGGACAGCAGCUGUAUAAAGACAGUGUGGCCCGGCAGAUGAAGACUAUAAACUACAUGUUAUCCUCCCAGCGAUGCCUGGAGGAGGGAUGGACUAUCCGUGCUCCGAGCCCCUUGCUGCCAGAGGAACAUGAAGACAUAUUUGUCCCUGAGCCCCUUAAUCCAGCCAUGAUAGCCUCAGGAAAUUUGUAUGACCGACCCCUGAUAGAGAAGUUCUAUGAAGAUGGACAGAAGUUCCUAACCAUGUUCCCUGAUGGAACUGGAAAUGUUUUUUAUCCCUCUGGGAACCUCGCAAUAUCAAUAUCCUCUGUGACCUUGGGCCAGUACACCUACGUGGUACAGGAGGACACAGACCGACCAAUCGUCCUCUCAGUGUUUGAACCUAAUGGAUACGCCACAUGUUAUCAUCCUAACAAUGUGAUCAGAUUGUGUAUGGAGCCUAUCGGUGGAAUAGAACUUGAUCCCCUAGGGAACCGCAAACGUCGAUGGAGCUGGAAAGACCAAGAGACUCAUGUUCAUGCCCCUCCUUUCCAGCCAAUCCACUUUGGUCUGAAUCGAUACAUAGGAGUUCGUGUGAUGAGCCAGGAUAGGAUAGCUCUCACACUCAGUGCCAAACAGCGUAGCUGUCGCUUCAAUGUAGGCGCUAAACUUAAGUUAAUAAAUCCAGAGAGUGUUCCCUCUAAAGAACUAGACGACACUUUGAUAUUUUUAGAUGAUAAGAAGAACCGUGUUGAGACCCUGCUGGAUCGGGUUUCUACUUUACUUAAAUUUCCCAAGUCUCCCAAACUUGAGAAGAUCUUGCCACCUCUAAGCCUAACAUCACGAGUAACAAAGACAGAGAAAAUGAAGAAAGAAAGAGCACAACAGAUUGCAGCUAUGGAAGCAAAGAAAACAAAACAACCUGGCAUUGUAACAGUCAACUAA